GGCCGCGCGCGCUCUCCAGUUAGGAGUGGAUUCUGCGGCGCGAGCGCAGAAGUUAAAUCGGCACGCGCUCGAGUCCGUUAGGAGAAAGUGAGUCAGUCUCACACGGAGCGGUGGGAUUUCUCCCCCGCUGUUUUAUUAAUAAUAAAUGAAUAGGCUUUAAAAACCGCACAAGUAUACGAACAGACGUCUGGUGUUAUAAAAUAACUCGGAACACUUCGUCCUGAGGGGGAAAAAAAGUUUGGUAUCAGACAGAAAGCGCUGAUUGUCUCCCACUGUGAAGACAGCGACCCUGAACCAGCGAGAGGAGAUCAGACACCACUGAGCAUACACACUGAAGUCGCCAGGAUGGCUGGCCUCUCAUCAGUCUGGAUGGGAGUGAUGGGGAUGCUGUCGCUGUUCUGUCUGCAUGAUGUAAAUUGCACAAAGGAAAGUGUCCCCAGGGUCAAACUCGGAUAUAAAGAACUGGUUCACUCGGGCAGUCUGCUGCCAUUUGUAGGCUCCGGUGAAGGAAUGCAGUUUCAGACAUUCCUGUUAGAUGAGGAGAAGAGCAGAUUGCUUCUAGGGGCCAAAGAUCACAUCUACCUGCUGGAUCCAGACAGUAUCAACAAGAACCCUAGAAAGCUGAGCUGGCCAGCUCACAGAGACAGGGUGGAUAUGUGUAUCCUGGCCGGUAAAAACCCUCUCACUGAGUGUGCCAAUUUUGUUCGUGUUCUGCACAAUUAUAACCGUACUCACGUCUAUACAUGUGGCACUGGAGCCUUUCAUCCUACAUGUGCUUUCCUGGAGGUCAGGGGCCACAAAGAGGCAAAGGGUGGUGGGCUUCACAUGAUCAGCAGCAGUAUGGAGUCAGGCAGGCUGAAAUGCCCUUUUGACCCCCGCCAACCUUUUGCUUCAGUACUUACCGAUCAGUACCUGUAUGCUGGAACAGUGUCUGAUUUCCUGGGGAAGGACAGCAUGUUUAGUCGUUCUCUGGGUCCUCCUCCAGACCAACACUACAUACGGACGGACAUCUCAGAGGACUACUGGAUAAAUGAGGCCAAGUUUAUAGCUGCUCAUCCUAUCGCUGACACGUACAACCCCGAUGACGACAAGAUUUACUUUUUCUUCCGUGAGGCAUCCCGGGACGGGCGCACCACAGACAAAGGCAUGCUGUCCCGCGUAGCCCGUGUCUGUAAAAAUGAUGUAGGUGGUUUGAGAAGUCUGACCAACAAGUGGACGACGUUCCUCAAGGCCCGACUGGUGUGUUCCAUUCCAGGAACAGAUGGUGUGGAUACACACUUUGACGAGCUCCAGGACAUCUUUAUGGUUCCAACCAGAGAUGAGAAAAACCCCAAAGUGUAUGGAGUCUUCACCACUACUAGCUCUAUCUUUAAAGGAUCAGCAGUGUGUAUGUACAAUAUGGAGGACAUCCGUGCUGUAUUUAAUGGGCCUUACGCACAUAAAGAGGGACCAGAUCACCGCUGGGUGGAAUAUGAGGGGAAAAUCCCUUACCCAAGACCUGGCACGUGUCCGAGUCGCACAUAUGACCCACGCAUAAAGACCACUAAAGAUUUCCCAGAUGAUGUCAUUAGCUUUAUCCGCAUGCACCCACUCAUGUACCACUUCGUGUACCCGAUCACCGGCCGGCCCAUCUUCACGAGGAUCAACACCGAGUAUCGGCUCACGCAGAUCGCAGUAGACCGCGUCUCUGCUGUGGAUGGGCACUACGCUGUCAUGUUCCUGGGCACAGAUGCUGGGUCAAUUUUAAAAGUGGUUAGCAUCACACAGGAAAACUGGGCCGCAGAAGAGGUGGUGUUAGAAGAAUUACAAGUGUUCAAGAAUCCGUCUCCCAUCCUCAGCAUGGAAAUCUCUUCCAAACAGCAGCAGCUGUUUGUCGGAGGGGGAGAUGGCCUGGUGCUGGUGGCUCUGCACAGGUGCCACAUUUAUGGUCAGGGCUGCGCUGAAUGCUGCCUGGCCAGAGACCCAUACUGCGCCUGGGACGGCUCCCACUGCUCCAGAUACAUACCGGCAUCCAAGAGGAGGGCUCGCAGACAGGACAUCAAACAUGGAGACCCAUCCAGCCAUUGCUGGGAUGCAGACGAUGUGUUGGGGAAGAACGUAGAGGAGAAGGUGCUGUAUGGUGUGGAGAAUAACUCCUCCUUCCUGGAGUGUCUGCCUAAAUCCCAGCAGGCCCAGAUCACCUGGUUUAUACAAAGACCAGGAUCAGACCACCGCCAAGAGAUCAAAGAGGAUGAGCGGGUGUUGGUAACAGAGCGAGGUUUACUAAUUCGCUGGGUGCAGCGCAGUGAUGCUGGCUUGUACAUGUGCACAGCUCAGGAGCACAGCUUCACCCGCACGCUCCUCCAUCUCUCGCUGAGAGUCCUGGAGCGCAACCACCUUCCCGGGCACCAUUCAGCCUCCAUUGGACCCCCUGAUCACGCCAUUCAGGACAUGACGUCUGAGUUGAGGCACAGUUAUAAGGAUUAUGUGCGUGCUCUGAGCGCACCCUCUCUAGAGGAGUACUGUGAAGUGCUCUGGCAUAAGGAGAAGAAGCAGAGGCAGAAAGCUAAGUGGAAACAUACUCAGGAGCUCCGAAAGAGCAGGAACCGACGGCACCACCAGGGGGCCGCUGUCUGAAUGAACGGUUGUCAGAAGAGCAAGUAGGGGAGGGAGAGAUAACAUACAGCAUCGGUCUGUGGAUCAGUGUCCAUGGCCCAAAUCAAACCUGUUUCAACCAUUUCAACUAUUUAAAGAACCAGUGCUCUGGCUGUCUGGGUGCAGAAGCAAUAUCUCUACCUGUCAUCAGGACACAGCAAAGACACAGUCAAGUAUGAAACUGCAAAAUCUGCAACGGCUGUGUAAGUGAAGAACAGGUUCCUCUUGCAGACCUACAGCAGAAAUGUUCUGCUCAUGUACUUAUCUAGUAAAAUCCCCAGAGAAGCAAGAGCUUUCCCGUUCACAAUGCUUUAAUUGUAACCAGUAAUGAAAUUGCAUUCAUGUUGAAUGACUGUAUAUAUAUGUGUUUUGUACAGCAGAUUUUGCAUGUGGUAGAAUUGUCGACGUUUUAAUUGUUUUCAGAUUAUGGUGGUGUUCACACAGCUGGGCAAAUCAAUUUCUUCAAUAAAUCCAUAUUCAGUCCCUUCAGGAUUUUGUGACCUUUUCAAAACUCAAGUUUUGAAAACAAAAAAAAGCCGCAGCAAAAUCAAGCAUUUUUGGCCGCAACAAUCACAAAAAAAACGCAGCAAAAACCUGUACGGACUGCGAAUUUCAAAAGUGAUGAAAUCUGAUAUUUGGAUAUUGACUGUAGACAGGCCGGCAUGGUGGCCCAAUGAGUAGUGUUUCUAGCGCACUGCUCCGGUGUCCCCGGUGCUUAAUUUUCUGUCUGUAUGGAGGUUUCUCACAUGUAUCCUGACCAGGAUAAAGCGCCUACUGAAGAUAAGUGACGAAAAGAAACUUGAACUUUGGACUGGUUAAAUUGAUUCGCAUAGCCAGAACUUUUUAUUGGCCUUUUAAUUAGAUUUGAAGCUACGUACAAAUGCGUCUUGAAUCUGAAUGGAAAAAGAUCUGUUUCAUGCAUUUUUGCAUUUCAGACUGCAGAAAAUAUUCCUGCAUAAACAAACAAACAAACAAAAAAAUGGACCUGACUGUCUGAACACAACCUAAGAUGAUAAACAAUAUAAUAAAGGUUUAGUAGAAAAAACUAUAAUAUUUCUGUAUAUUUCCACUGUGUCUUUUGUAGUUAGUUUGUUUACGGUAUAUGAAGCUAUUUAUAAUUACAACACAGUUGGAAUAAACUCUUUCUUAUAAAGC